GCAAAAUUUGAAAGUUGACCGGAACCAAGAAGACCGAGAGGAAAACAAUGUGCCCUUCAGUUCAUUAGUGUUUGUGUAAACUAAAAUAAUGAUUAUAAAUACCUGCAUGGCAGUCUGAGUAUCUACCGUUUAGAAGCCAUGUUGAAGUUCAAAUACGCGAAUCAAGGCAGCCUGAAAACGCUGUCGUCCUCCGCUGACCCCAUCACCAGCCGCAGUUCGCGACUCAACCUGGUGUUUCAGGGCCGAGUCAGUCUGUGUGGGCAGCAGACAGGGUGCUCUCUCGGCCGGGAGGAGUUUGUGGAGGCUCUGCUGCUGCUCUACCAGGAGUGCACAUCCCCAGAGCUCAUGAAGAUACGUCAUGUGGCUAACUUUGUCAAUAAAUUUUCUGAAGUGGUCUCAGAGCUGCAGGCCCUUCAACCUGUGCCUCAUGACUUUGAGCUUCGAGCAGUGGUGGGUCGUGGCCGCUUCGCUGAAGUUCAAGUUGUCCGAGAGAAGUCUACCGGAGAUGUUUGUGCACUUAAAGUCAUGAGCAAGACAGUGCUACGCACUCAAGAAAAUGUGAUUUUUCAUGAAGAGGAACGGAGGAUCUUGUCUCUGAACAGCAGUCCAUGGAUCCCACAGCUUCUGUAUGCCUUCCAGGAUAAAGAUAAUGUCUACCUGGCGAUGGAGUAUUUGCCAGGUGGUGACCUGAUGUCUCUGCUAAACCGAUAUGAGGAUCAGUUUGAUGAGUCCAUGGCACAGUUUUACUUGGCUGAGCUGGUAGAGGCCAUUCAUGCUGUCCACCAGCUGGGCUAUGUUCACAGAGAUGUCAAACCAGAGAACAUUCUCAUCGAUCGGACCGGUCACAUUAAGCUGGCAGACUUUGGAUCAGCUGCCAGGCUGACUACUAGCAAAACAGUGGCUGCUCCCACAGUGCCUGUUGGGACCCAGGACUUCCUCUCCCCUGAGGUCCUGGCAGCCAUGAAUGGAGGCUCUCAAAGCACCUAUGGAGUUGAGUGUGACUGGUGGUCCCUUGGAGUUAUUGCCUAUGAGAUGAUCUAUGGCAGGUCACCUUUUUCUGAAGGCACUUCUAGCAAGACAAUCCAUAACAUCCUAAACUUCCAGCGCUAUCUGAAGUUUCCAGAGGAAUCACGGGCCAGUAAGCAGUUUGUAGACUUGGUGCAAAGCUUGCUGUGUGGAGCGAAAGAGCGACUGGGUUUCCAGGGACUCCGCUGUCACUCUUUCUUCUCCAGUGUAGACUGGAACAACUUAAGACAAGUUCUCCCGCCUUUCGUUCCUGCGUUGCAUGCUGAAGAUGACACCUCUAAUUUUGAGGAGCCGGAGCAGGCUGCCCCCUGGCCAUCCUCAGCAGCCCAGCGAGGAGCUCCGCCAGCGGGCUUCCAGGGCCAGGAUCUGCCCUUUCUAGGGUGGUUCUUCAGCAGAGCGUUGACAAUUUUGGCCAAAACUGAAUCGGUGUCUGCAGGCCUCAACUCUCCUGCUAAGACCAACUCCAUGGAAAAGAAACUGCACCUUAAAAGCAAAGAACUACAAGAAACUCAAGACAAAUGUCACAAGAUGGAACAGGAAAUCUCCAGGUUCCAGCGUAAAAUGACUGACCUGGAGUCAGUGCUCCACCAGAAGGAUGUGGAGCUGAAGGCCUCUGAGACUCAGAGGAGCAUCCUGGAGCAGGACCUCGCCACCUACAUUACUGAGUGUAGUAGCCUAAAGCGAAGCUUGGAGGAGGCACGUGUUGAGGUCUCCAGAGAGGAUGACAAGGCCAUGCAGCUGCUGCACGACAUACGCGAACAGAGCAACAAGCUGCAAGAAAUUAAGGAGCAAGAGUACCAUGCCCAGCUAGAGGAGAUGCAGGUGACCAUCAGGCAGCUGGAGGAGGACUUGUCAGCUGCCCGCCGUCGCAGCGACCUCUAUGAAGCUGAACUUAGAGACUCAAGACAAACAAGUGAGGAGCUCAAGAGGAAAGCCGUGGAAUACCAGCAGAGAAUCCAAAAGGCCAAAGAGCAGGGGAAAGCUGAAGUGGAGGAGCUUCUCUCCAAACUUGAAAAGACUAACUCUGAGCAGCAGGUGAAAAUCCAAGAGCUCCAGGACAAACUGUCUAAGGCAGUGAAGGCGAGCACAGAAGCCACUGAGCUGCUGCAAAAUGUCCGGCAGGCCAAAGAGCGGCUGGAACGAGAUCUGGAGCGCUUGCGAGGCAAAACCGACUCGAGUGACACAUUAAAGCGCCGCCUGAGAGAGACAGAGCAGGAGGGCAGGAAAACCCUGGAGAACCAGGUAAAGAGGCUGGAGAUGGUUGAGCGGCGGGAGAAUAAGCUGAAGGAUGACAUUCAGACCAAAUCCCAGCAGAUCCAGCAGAUGGCUGAAAAGAUCCUGGAACUGGAGGAGAACCUGAGGGAUGCCCAGUCAACAGCUCAAAGAAUGGAAACCCAACUGGUUCAAAAGGAGAGGCUUUAUGAAGACAAGAUCAAGGUUCUGGAGGCCCAAAUGAAGGCAGAUCUGGCUGACAAGGAGAGCCUUGAGGCCAGAAGGGCGCAGCAGGAGGAGGAGUCGAGGGAGAACUGCAAACUUAUCAGCGAACAGAAAGCAACCAUUAAUGCUAUGGAUUCCAAGAUGAAGAACCUGGAGCAGCGUAUUGCUGAGCUGUCAGAGGCUAACAAGCUGGCUGCUAACAGCAGCAUCUACACCCAGAAGAAUAUGAAAGCCCAGGAGGAGAUGAUCUCAGAGCUUCGACAGCAAAAGUUCUAUUUGGAGUCUCAGGCAGGCAAACUCGAAGCCCAAAAUGCCAAACUGGAGGAGCACCUGGAGAAGAUGAGUCAGCAAGAGCAGACCAAGAGAACCCGACUGCUGGAGCUGGAGAGCCGGCUGCGGGAGAUGGGCUUAGAACAUGAAGAAGAGAAACUGGAGAUCAAGAGGCAGGUGUCAGAGUUGACCCUGUCCCUGCAGGAGCGCGAGUCCCAGAUCAGCAGUCUGCAGGCUGCACGUCUUGCCCUGGAGAGUCAGCUGCAGCAAGCUAAGACUGAGCUGGAAGAGACCACUGCUGAGGCUGAGGAGGAGAUCACAGCCCUCAGGAAUCACAGAGACGACAUUCAGCGCAAAUUUGAUGCCUUGAGAGACAGUUGCUCAGUGAUCACUGACCUGGAGGAGCAGCUUACACAGCUGAGUCAGGAGAAUGCCGAGUUGAACCGGCAGAACUUCUACCUGUCCAAACAGCUCGACGAAGCAUCAGAUGAGAGGGAGGAUCAGCUGCAGCUCAGCCAUGAAGUGGACCGCCUGAGGAGGGAGGUGGCUGACCGUGAGAUGCACCUCAACAAUCAGAAACAGAACAUUGAGACGCUGAAGACCACAUGCAGCAUGUUGGAGGAGCAGGUGGUGGAGCUGGAAUCUCUAAAUGACGAGUUGCUGGAGAAGGAGAGGCAGUGGGAGGCUUGGAGAGGAGCUUUGGAAGAUGAAAAAAGCCAAGCUGAGAGACGCACCAGGGACCUGCAGAGACUGCUGGACAAUGAGAAGCAGAACAGGCUGCGUGCAGACCAGCGCAGCAGUGAGUCUCGCCAGGCAGUGGAACUGGCAGUCAAAGAGCAUAAAGCUGAGAUACUGGCAUUACAGCAGGCUUUGAAGGAGCAAAGACUGAAGGCUGAAAGUCUGUCUGAUACUCUCAAUGAUCUGGAGAAGAAGCACGCCAUGCUGGAGAUGAAUGCCCGCAGUUUACAACAGAAACUGGAGACAGAGAGAGAACUGAAACAGAGGCUGAUGGAGGAGCAAGGGAAACUCCAGCAGCAGAUGGACCUCCAGAAGAGCCAUAUUUUCCGUUUGACCCAGGGGCUGCAGGAUGCCCUGGACCAAACUGACAUGCUCAAGACUGAGAGGACCGAUCUGGAGUACCAGCUGGAGAAUAUACAGGCGGUGUACUCCCAUGAGAAGGUGAAAAUGGAGGGGACAAUCUCCCAACAGACCAAACUAAUUGACUUCCUUCAGGCCAAAAUGGACCAACCCACCAAAAAAAAGAAGGGUAUAUUUGGUCGACGGCGGGAGGAUGUAGGCACCACAACUAACGGGGCGCUGGCUCCACAGCCACAGCCAGCGGUUCCCAUGCAGUACAGUGACAUGAAAAUGGCUUUGGAGAAGGAGCGUUCAAGGUGUUCAGAGCUGGAAGAAGCUCUGCAGAAGAUGAGAAUAGAACUGCGAUCCCUCAGAGAAGAAGCGGCUCAUUUCAAAGCCCAGGAACAUGUGGGUCCUUCCACACCAGCCCAGGCUCGGCAUCAGAUCCUCAUGUCGGCCAUCGUCAAAUCCCCAGAACAUCAACCCAACCCCAGCAGCCUGCUCAACCCCUCCACUCGCUGCAAGGAGACUUCUACACCAGAAGAAAAGAGGAGGGUCACGUUUGAAAAAUUUGGGCGUCGUGUGAAAGAAAGAAUGCAUCACAACAUCCCUCAUCGUUUCACUGUGGGCCUCAACAUGAGGGCUGCCAAGUGUGCCGUCUGCCUGGACACUGUGCAUUUUGGACGGCAGGCUGCUACUUGUCUAGAGUGCCACACCCUGUGCCACCCUAAAUGCUCACCAUGUCUUCCGGCCACCUGUGGUCUGCCAGCUGAGUAUGCCACUCACUUUUCAGAGGCUUUGUGCCGAGAAAAGGCAAACUCACCUGCACUACAGGUCAAAGAGGCCAGUGGGCAUGUUCGCUUGGAGGGAUGGAUGAAGCAGCCUAGAAACGGCAAGCGUGGCCAGCAGGGCUGGGAGAGGAAAUAUGUGGUUCUUGAUGGAACCAAAGUGUCCAUCUAUGACACUGAGCCCAGAGAAGACUGCAUAAAGGCUGAGGAGGAGUUUGAGCUCUGUCUGCCUGAUGGAGAGGUGACCGUUCACGGAGCUGUUGGAGCUUCUGAGCUCAUCAACACUGCCAAGUCAGACAUCUCCUACGUGUUGAAGCUGGAAUCACAUCCCCACACCACAUGUUGGCCAGGCCAGUCCCUCUACUUCAUGGCUCCCAGCUUCCCUGACAAGCAGCGCUGGGUGGCGGUACUAGAGUCUGUUGUGGCCGGUAGCCGUGGAUCUAGAGACAAAGUGGAUGCUGAUGCUGCAGGUGUUUCUAAAAGACAGAAGAACCUUUCCCCUCUGGUUCAGAAACUUCUGGGCAAUUCUUUGCUAAAGCUGGAGGGAGACGACCGUUUGGACAUCAACUGCACUCUGCCUCUCACUGACCAGAUUGUCUUGGUUGGCUCUGAGGAGGGUUUGUAUGCGCUGAACGUCAUAAAGAACUCUUUGACCCACAUCCCUGGACUGACCUCCGUCUUCCAGAUCCAGAUCCUGAAGGAGCUUGACAAGCUGCUAAUGAUCACUGGGGAGGAGAGGGCUCUGUGUUUGGUGGAGAUCAAGAAGGUGAAACAGUCUUUGUCACAGUCCCAUCUCCCAGCUCAGCCUGACCUCAACCCCUUCAUCUUUGAAACGGUGAAGGGAUGCCACCUCUUCUCCUCUGGAAAGAUUGAUAAUGGGACCUGUAUCUGUGCCGCUAUGCCCAAUAAGAUUACAAUUCUGCGACAUAAUGAAAGCCUCAACAAGUUCUGCAUCAGAAAGGAAAUUGAAACAUCCGAGCCCUGCAGCUGUAUCCACUUCACUGGCUACAGCAUCAUCAUUGGCACCAACAAGUUCUAUGAGAUUGAGAUGAAGCAGUAUGUGCUGGAAGAGUUCCUGGAUAAAAACGAUGUGACGCUCGCUUCAGCUGUCUUUGCCGCGUCCUCCCACAGCUUUCCCAUCUCCAUCAUCCAGGUCACGACAGCUCCACAGAAGGAUGAAUACCUGCUAUGUUUCCAUGAGUUUGGUGUGUUUGUGGAUUCAUACGGCCGCAGGAGUAGAACUGAUGACAUCAAGUGGAGCCGCCUGCCUCUCUCAUUUGCCUACAGAGAGCCCUACCUUUUUGUGACCUAUUUCAACUCACUGGACGUAAUUGAGAUUCAGGGACAUGCUGCUCUUGGGCCUCACUCAUACGCACACCUGGAUAUCCCAAACCCACGCUACCUUGGCCCAGCUAUCUCCUCUGGGGCCAUAUACCUGGCCUCGUCCUACCAGAACAAACUCCGGGUCAUUUGCUGCAAGGGAAACCUGGUCCAGAGCCAAGAAGGUGGAGGAGAUCUGCAGCGUAACGGCUCCGGACGCAGUCCGAACAAGCGUGGGCCUCCUUCCUACAAUGAGCACAUCUCUAAAAGGCUGGCAGCCAAUCCUCUGGUCCAUGGAGAUCCUGGUACUCCUCACCGCUACCGAGAGGCUCGCACAGAGUUCAGGAGGGACAAGUCCCCCAGCCGUCCACUGGAGAGAGAGAAGUCUCCUGGCAGAAUGCUGGAGAGCCGGAUAGUGGGGUCUCCUGGCAGGGCCCUGGCUGACCCCCGGUUGGAACGCUCCCCGGGCAGAGCCAUGGCAGACCCACGCAUGGACCGCUCUCCUGGCCGUAUGAUGGACGUUCGUAGGGAGAGGUCCCCUGGACGAUUUGAAGAACGCCAAAGGCUUCAUACUGGCUCUGGACGCACACCCAUAAAUCCUGUCAACAAGGUGUGGGACCAGUCAUCUGUUUGAGAAGCCGCAGAGCCUCAUACCCAUAAUGAACAAACAGCAAAGUCAUCUUUGGAAUGAGAAACGAAGGAGCAGAGAACCAGUGAGAAAGUCACCAACUCAUGAUGAAACACUGCCACACAUCUGUUUUGCCUGAAAUCCAAACUGAAAACCCCACAGAGGGAAACACCUGUAGCUGUCAGAACAUAGAGAAACUAGAAAAAUAAAGAGAUGUCAUUAGAGUCAGGUUAUCUUUUUCAAUAAAGGUCAACAAAAUGCCAUAUUAACAACUUGAGCAGGGUUUUUUCCAAUGUAUUUGAGCAUGUAUUCUCUCCUCUGAGAAGGGAUUAGUAGUUAGAUAUGAUUUGUUCUUAUACAAAGAAAAUCUGAGAUAUGAGAGCUCAAGUUUCGACUUGACUUGGUGGGUUUUUGCUAGCUUCACUUAAUUCCAGACAGCAGUGAUGACACUAGAUAAGCACAGCCGUAGCAACUGUAUCUUGCGGGUCAUGCCUAGAUGAUUACAAAGUCACCAGUGGCAGAGGUUCACUCAGAAUAACAUUAACACAACUGGCUCCUUUCCACACUCAGCUCUGUCCACAGUAGCUAUAGAUCAGGGCAGAUGUGUAGCAGGUCACGUAUUGUACAUCUACUCAUACUUCUGGCUCCAACCCUGCGUUCACUUGUCAACACACAAUCAUUAUCGGCUAAUUACAAUCAUUUUCAGCUCAGUCGUCUGUCGACACUUUGAUCAGCUAUGCUGGCAGGACUUGGCUGGAGCACAAAGUAACAGAAUAAAAAUUAAAUGAACCUUCCCUCAACAAUCCGCCCCGUAGAACCACACAACAGAUAACGAUUGUCUGCCCUCAAAUAGGUUGACACUAAAACUGCACUACCCACAAUCCCCAGCAGCAAUGGAGCAGGACCUUUCUAAUCCUCCAGAACGCUAUCUGACUGUAAAUAGACGAGACAUAAUUUUAUAUAUAUUGAGAAGGAAUUUCAAGGCUGGAUAAGCCAUGUCUAUUUUUGUUAAAGAAAAAAGUGAUAACGUGUCCUCUUGAAUGUCCGAUGAGUAUUCUUUUAAUAUGUCCAAACGUCCUUUAUCAAGUGAGUGAUUGUAUCUGGAUCAAACUCGUGUAUGCACUUCCAUGUGUCAAAGGCAAAACCUCAGUGCUGAUUUAAAUGAUGGGAGGCAAAAAAAAGAUCAUGUUUGAAGCUUACAACAUAGUACUUGAGCAUUUCUUUUUGUACAAUGUCCCUUAUUAUUGUAUAUAACCCAAAACUGUUCAAGGUGAAGAUGAAAAUAAUCCUUGUUUUUUUUCCUGAUUCGUAAAUGGCAUGGAUAUGUAUAUCUGAAAUGAAACGGAGUGUUGUCUUCUGCUUCUGCCUCAUUUGGGUUAUAUUUUUAUUCCACAACUUAAAAGCGAAGCACGUGAAUUAUAUCUCCUUUCUUUUAGCUGUUACCUAUUUGCACAGUGAAUUCAUGACAUGAUUGCUAAAUCUCUUCUUUUUCUCUUAUUAAGGCUCUCUCGGCAAGUUAAAACAUCCAGUCCAUUCUGAAAAUACGCUAAAAUCCAUUUAAAUUUAUUUAUUUCACUUGGCUGAGGAGAUUUUAUUUCUUUAUAUCGUAAUCUGAUCUAUGGAAACACAAUAUUUUCUUGGUUUUUUAGUGAUGUUUUUUGAAUGUAAGCAGAUGAGAAGCCACACUUUAACUUGCCUAGUGUUUGUCAAUAGUAAGAAGACUUGUUAAGAAGACAUUUCUUCUAUUUUGACUCCACUAUGGUUCUUGUGAGACAGAAAAAAACACGUCCUGAAUGUAUUUUAGCCAAGAAGAUUGGAGCUGAUUCUCUGGUUUUAUCAAAAAAGCAUCCGAUGCUACAGAUUGCACACGUUUUCAGCUGGCCUCUAUAGGACUCUGUACAAAAGGGUUUUCCAUCCUGUUUGAUUUUAUUUUUAUAUUCUUUUAAAAAUGGAUUUGCUUUCACAUGAUCCUGAAUCAUAAUGCUGUAACGCUGGAUAUGAUAUUGAUGUCUGCUAACAAAUGAUUUAUUAGCGUUCCCUGUAGAGAUUUUGUCACAGAAUAUUAAAUAUUAUAAUCAUUGUC